CUAAAUUCUUUUAUACGUUUUGACCUGAUCUUCAUUUCUCGUCUUUAUUAGCACAUAGUAGCUCUGAUCUUUAGAGAGUCUGAACAUGUCUGAAAUGAGUGCUUUAUGGGUUCUCAGUAGGCCAGUAUUAGGGAGAGGGUUGUCUGCUUCAGCUGGGUGUUGCUUAUGUCAACUCCUGGUAUACAUACUAGUCCAGUACUACCAGAGAGCCUACGCACUCUGGCUUGACGUCUUGUUUUCAUUAACAGGGAUCAUCUGUUCUUCUAGAAAGUCUACAAGCGUCUUGUUGGUCGUUACAGUGGAGUAGUAAGCCUGGCCAGCUCUAGUUCACUGCAGCAUAUGAUUGAUUCAUUUUUUUAAGCUUUACACGACUUCCUUUUCUUCACUGUUUUUUUAUUUAUUUAUUUUAUAUUGCUAUGGUAAUGGGGUGUUACAUCGACAAGAGC